GUCAUAUUGAAUAAUCACGCCUCCAACACCUUAUUAUCAUCAAUCCAUGUUAGAGGAAUCAUGAAAGCUGACAAACAUGUUUAUAACAACAUUUCUAAUCGAUAAAAUCUACUAUACUAUUCUUUUCCCUUCUUCUUCUUCUUUUGAUUGUUUCUUUCUUUCUUUCUUUUCUUUUCCUUUUUACUUUUUCCCUUCCAUAUACAUAUAUAUGCUUCACUUGAUCACUGUCUUGCUAUUAGAAGGACACCCCAUUUUAUCCACUCUCUCUAUAGCGUGCCUCCUCUUCAGCUCUAACUCUCUCUUUCUCUGUUUCUUUCUUAAAGCAUGGCCAACCCUGUAGCCAUUUCAUUUAUCAUAUGGUUAAGUCUAGUGUCCUAUGCUUACAUUGUUCAUGCUAGACCACCUUGGCCUCGGGGGAGAUCAACCAGGUUCUACGACUUCAAGGUACACACCAUGACGGUUAAAAAAUUGUGCAACACUAAAGAAAUCGUGGCUGUCAAUAAUAUAUAUCCAGGGCCAGUUGUUUAUGCCCAAGAAGGUGACCGAAUAAUAGUCAAAGUUACCAACGAGUCACCUUACAAUGCUACCAUCCACUGGCAUGGUGUACGGCAGAUACUAUCAUGUUGGUUCGACGGACCUUCAUAUAUAACUCAAUGUCCAAUUCAACCUGGGCAAAGUUUCACUUACGAGUUUACAUUAGUGAAGCAAAAGGGCACUUUCUUUUGGCAUGCUCAUGUUUCUUGGCUUAGAGGAACUGUCUAUGGUGCUAUUGUUGUACAUCCAAAGACUGGGGUGCCAUACCCAUUUCCUUUCCCUUACGAAGAGCAUGUAAUUCUUCUUGGGGAGUAUUGGCUCCAGGAUGUAAUGCAACUUGAGAGGCAAAUGCUAGCAAGCGGGGGAGCUCCUCCUCCUUCAAAUGCCUAUACCAUCAAUGGUCGCCCUGGCCCUAACUACAAUUGCUCUGCUAACGAUGUAUAUAAGAUUGACGUGGUCCCUGGAAAGACCUAUAUGUUAAGGUUGAUAAACGCAGGCUUAAACAUGGAAAAUUUCUUUGCAAUUGCUAAUCACAGAUUAACAGUAGUAGAAGCCGAUGCUGAGUACACAAAACCAUUUACCACCAGCCGUGUUAUGCUUGGACCGGGACAGACGAUGAACGUCCUCGUCACUGCCGAUCAGCCAAUAGGAAAAUACUCCAUGGCCAUGGGACCUUAUAUGUCAGCUCAGGGUGUUUCGUUCCAAAACAUAUCAUCGAUUGCCUACUUCCAAUAUGUGGGUGCUACCCCUAAUAGCAUAUCGUUUCCAGCCAGAUUACCCAUUUUUAAUGAUAAUUUAGCUGUUAAGACAAUCAUGGAUGGACUGAAAGGCUUAAAUACUUCGAAUGUUCCAAAGGAGGUUGACAGGAACCUGUUUGUCACCAUUGGAUUAAAUGUUAAUAAGUGCAGGUCCAAGAAACCACAACGAAACUGCCAGGGUCGUAAUAAUGGUAUCAUGGCAGCUUCAAUGAACAAUAUAAGUUUUAUUAAGCCAACAGUUUCAGUUUUGGAAGCUUAUUAUAAGGGAAUUAAGGGUCAUUUCACUGACGACUUUCCUGGAGCACCUCUUAGAUUCUAUGACUUUGUCAAUGGGGCACCUAACAAUGCCCCAAAUGACACAAACUCAAUGACUGGGACUAGGACUAAGGUUCUUGAGUUUGGAACCAGGGUUCAGAUCAUCUUGCAAGACACUGGAACGGUCACAACUGAGAAUCACCCAAUUCACCUCCAUGGCUAUAGCUUCUAUGUUGUGGGUUAUGGCACCGGUAACUAUAACCCGCAAACAGCAAAUUUCAAUCUGGUUGAUCCACCAUAUAUGAACACAAUUGGAGUUCCAGUUGGGGGAUGGGCAGCAAUUCGCUUCGUAGCCGACAAUCCAGGGGUUUGGUUUAUGCAUUGUCACUUCGAUGUACACCAGUCGUGGGGGUUAGGAACAGUGCUUAUAGUGAAGAAUGGUAAAAGACACUUGGAUACCUUGCCCCAUCCUCCCUCGGAUCUGCCAAGGUGCUAGGGACUCUUGGAUCUUCAUUUUUCAAUAAAAAUGGUUGUGAACUUUUGGGUCAAGAAUUCUUUUGGCGCAAGUGUGUAUUGUGGUCAAUUUCUUUCAGCUCAGAAAAUUUAUGGGUGUAAAGAAGUAAAGAUUGGGUUAAUAAAACUGCAAAUGUCCCUUCA